CUUUCUGCGGAUUGGCAUUGCUUGGACACGUGACCCACCCUCACGUGACUAGUAGUUUUAGUCAUGGCCGACGACUACAGGCGACAAGGCCUCGACUUGGAGAGAAGAAUAUUCGAGUUCGAUGCCAAGUGUUCCGCUCUCAAAGCCGAGAAACAAGAUGAUGACUAUUUACAAAAUGCUUCUGUCAUUCUGGACAAGUUGAAAAGCUAUUACAGACAAGGAGGGGAGAGCAGCAGCUUUUCCAAGCUGCUUCAGGAUUACACACAGGUGAUCCUAGAUAUCACGUUUUACGAAGAGAACAAGCUGGUGGAUCAAGAGUUCCCGGAGGACUGCUCCCCGUUUAAAAUCCAGCAGCUCCUGCAAGACCUGACCGAGCCGGAAGUUCUGGUGGGGAGACUAGCACCAUCUCAAGAGGUGCAGGCUGUUUUGGGCCUGGAGUUGUUAGAAUGCCUCUAUUGGAGACGUGGAGCACUACUCUACAUGUACUGCCACACCCUUCAUCAACGGAAGCAAUGGAUUAAGGAAAACAAGGAGACCUUCCUCAAGUGUAUUCAAGAAGGAGUGCGCUACCUAAUGCGGAUGCUGCAGGUGAGGAACUCGGUCAAGCUGAACGAUGGGGUGGUGCUCCAUGACACUGCCACCGCAGGCUUCUUAUCUGAAGGCAUUUUCUCAGACACGCACCUGCUGACCAUGAUGUACAUCGGCGAAAUGUGCUUCUGGGCGGUGAAGUACGAAGACUACAGCGGCGACACUGUGGAUUGUAAAGAAGACCGCCUCCAGUUUAGGGACAUUGGCACGCAGAUCCUCAACAAGUACGUGCUCGCCUGCGAGGGUCCGCUGCAGGGCCAGGGCUGGAACACGGAGAACGCCAAGGAGAUCCUCAGUGUUUUACAGUGAAGCACGCCGCCUCCAUGUCGUCAUUAGACGCAAAUUGAAGAUCAGUAUUCAGUGUUUUUUUUUUUUUUUUUCAUCAAUUUGUUUUGUUUUUUGUUUUCAAUCCCCUAAUUUAAAAAAAAAAAAAAAAAAGGACCCUACCAGGUGAGGUACAGUAACAGAAGGCUAAGAGGAGGCAAGGGGAGAAAUUGUAUUUGGGCAAAGGCCAAAGGUCAGCUGCACCCAACUCUAUGUGAGAUGGGCCAGGUUGGUGACAAUAUGGUGUAAAACUGAUGAGAUUUUUUUUUGGCUUGUUUUGCUGGAGAAAAGCAGUUCUCUUCAUUCUAGACUGUUGAUUAGAGCACCUGUUUUGCUCUAAGAAUGUUAUAUUUAAAAAAAAAAAAGUUCUUGGUAAAAACAUUUUUUUUUUUUAAAGAAUUAUCAAUAACACAGUCUAAAGUGAAACAUUGCACAGUAACAUUUUUAUUUAUUCUUAAGUUGCCAUUUUGGUAUGCUUUUAAUAUGUGACAUCUGUUUAUACUCUACACAAGUUUGUAAAUGUGUAUAAAAUACACAAGGCAAAGGUUUUUUGUUUUUUUUUCCAGGAAGUAUGAAAGCAUAUGUCCAGAUUUAUUCAUUUCCCCCCUUGCUUUCCCCUCUUUAUUGCAAAUUUUUCAAGUUACCUUUGUUUUGCUUUUAAUAGAGAACGUUGUUUUGAAUUACAUUUUCAGUUUUUUUAUGUCCUUGGUGACAAUAAAGCCCGUGAUUUAACAAA